UGCGGCGGCGAGCUCGCGUGCUCGACGUGCCACGUCAUUUUGGAGCAGGGCCUCUUCGACUCCCUCGACGAGCCCGACGAGGAGGAGGUCGACAUGCUGGACCUCGCGUGGGGCCUCGAGGACACGAGCCGCCUCUGCUGCCAGCUCAAGGUCGGCCCCCACCUCGAGGGCGCGGUCUUCACGCUCCCCGAGGACCCGUAUUAG